AAAUGUUUAAUUUAUUAAACUUUUGACAUAAAACAAACUGUCCUCACUAGUGCAACAAUGUUAAUGAAUGUUUGAACUUGUUGAAUCACAAAUUCAGUUGAGUACAACAUUCUGUCCAUACUGCUGUAGUUUUGUGACAUGAUGGAGGAAGACUUAUUAACUGCUACCGCGUGCUUUCUAAUUUUGUGUGGUGAUUCACGAAAACGGAAGCGUAAAUGUUGGGUCCGUCCAAGUUUGAAGAAAAGGGAAAAAUAUGGUGGAAAGGAAAUAUUAUCGGAUUUAAAGAAAGAUGACGUUUUAUUAGAACUUCGAACCGAUGGGUGCUUCAAAAAUUUUUUGCGCAUGAGUAGUUCAGAUAUGGAAUUUUUGCUGCAAAAAAUUGCACCAGUGAUAAGAAAAGCAGAUACUAACUGUAGAAAGGCUAUACCUCCACAAGAACGAUUAGCUGUAACAUUGCGCUUUCUGGCAACUGGAGAUUCCUACAGCAGCUUGAUGUAUUUAUUUAAGAUUUCGAAACAAGCUAUCUCAAAGAUAGUACCAGAAGUAUGUGCUGCGCUAGUAAAUGCAAUUAAAGACCAAGUUAAGAUGCCUAAAACUGCUCAAGAAUGGGAAACAAUUACUAAUGGUUUCAGUGUUCUUUGGAAUUUUCCAAAAUGUGUAGGCGUCAUGGAUGGCAAGCACAUUGCAAUACAAGCACCAAAAAACAGUGGAAGUGAUUUCUUCAAUUACAAAACGUUUUUUAGCAUUGUUCUGUUCGGCGUAAUGGAUGCUAAUUACCGAUUUUUGUAUUUUCAUGUAGGCUCCCAAGGGAGAAUAUCUGAUGGAGGAGUUUUCGAAAAUACAUUAUUCAAAAAACUAUUAACUCGCUGCAAACUCAACCUUCCAGAAUAUAGCUCUUUACCAGGACGUGAGAAAUUAGUCCCUCACGUAUUUUUAGGGGAUGAUGCCUUCCCAUUAUCACCAAAUUUACUGAAACCCUACCCUGGGGCGCAGGACAAAGGGAAUAGUUCAAGAUCUAAAAAUUCCUACAAUCCCCCAGGUACAUAUGACGGUGAAGAUAAAGAUACAGGACGUGUUUUAGAAGGAUCGUGGAGAAGAGAAACUCAGAGUAAUACAUUUACUUCAUACAAGAAAGUUGCACGAAAUGCAUCAACUGAAGCAAAAGAUAUUAGGCAAGAGUUUGCAGAUUUUUUCGUUACACCUUUGGGGAUGGUGCCGUGGCAGAAUAAUUAUUGA